AAAAUCAUUGUUACAGAGUGAGGAACCUGUGAGGAACCUGUAAUACUGUCUCUAAGUUUUUAACCUCUUCAAAAACACCUAAACAUGUCACCACUCGGGACUAUUGUCGUAUUGUUAAGUAUCGUAGGUGGCGCUGUGUCGAUGCAGGUGCAGGUUUCUCCAAAAGUUCUCAACGUGUCCAUCGGUCAGUCUGCAACACUCGAUUGCAAUUUUUCCACCGGUCAGCCCCUGACCAACCUCAUAGUCGGGUGGACUCUCUACCAGUGGGGCUCUGAGAAUUCAGUACAGGUGUUCUAUUAUCAAGGAGGAAAUUAUGUGAUUGGUAAACAGUUCAAGGACAGACUGAACGUCCUUUCUAAAAUGGGAACCUACAUGAACGCCUCCAUCUCCAUCAGCAACAUGCAGACCGCAGACGCCGGAACAUACACCUGCGAAGUCCGCGACUUCCCUGACAUCGAGGGCACGACCGAUGCUAGCAGUCGAGUUCAUGUUUUUGAGAAACCGUCACACCCGUACUGCGCUGUGCAUGGAGACGUGGCGACGGGUCACCUGGUCACCCUCACCUGCCAUUCGGAGAAAGGGAGCCCCGUUCCCUCGUACAACUGGACUAGACUGGAACAGGGGAUCAGCAAACAAGUGAUGGGCAUUACAAACGUGAAAAGUGGCAUCCUCAACUUCAGAAACAUUACCCAGUUCGAGUUUGGAAAGUAUCAGUGCAACGCCUCCAACGUCAUGGGCUUCUCCAUCUGCACUAUUGAUCUGAACUCAGAGGUGAAUGAUGCGGCGAUAGUAGGCGCAGUGAUUGGAGCCCUGCUGUGUGUCGCCUUCAUCGUGCUGCUGGUGUGGUUCAUCGCUCAUCAUCUGAAGAAGAAGAAGAUAUACAAAGCAGCCCAGGCUAGCGGGACACAAGCUGCAGUCAACUACAAGGCCGUCCCUCCACAAGACACCGUCCCUCCACAAGACACCAGCGUGUCUGAGAUAUAAACACAAAGAAAGCUUUUUAUAACAAUUUUUUUCUUUUUUUAAAAAUUUGGUUUGUUUGCGUCUUUUUUUAGCUACCGAGAUACUGAAUGAUGUUUCUGCAAUUUGCUUUUACACGCACUGACGUUGCCAGAGCCUUCAUAAUCGUGGAGAUUCAGCAUCAAACGUGUGGUGAAAGUCAAUGUCUUUUUCAUUUAUUGUUUUUUUUUCUACAUAUAAGUCUUGUUUAUCAGCUUGAUUUUUGUGGAAUAAAAAAAAAAAAAAAAA